GAAUGAGACUCUUUAAAGCUGCUGCUCCACACAGAACAUUAAUCUAGUCGCAGGGAUCUGGACUUUGGAAAUACGCAGUACUUUUGACACGAGUGGCGCGGCUGCAUUUUGGCGUUUUCAUCCAUUUUUGUGGACUUACUUUCUAUUUGAUCGCAAACCGUAAGGAAACAUCAUGCUGCUCCUCUUAAUGGGAAUUGUCGUCUUGCAUGUGGCAGGACUGGUUCUGCUCUUAGUGUCAACUAUAGUCAGUGCAUGGGUUAUUAACACCAACAGCAGAUCAGACCUCUGGACAAACUGCACCACAGUGAGUGGAGUGUACAGAUGUGACCCUGCUGACACUGGAGUUUGGAUCCAGGCAGUCCAAGCCAUGAUGAUCCUGUCAAUCAUCUUCAGCUUCAUAUCUCUCUUCCUGUUCUUCUGCCAGCUCUUUACUCUUAAGAAGGGUGGACGCUUUUUGCUCACUGGAGCAUUCCAGAUCCUUGCUAGUCUUUUCGUUAUGUGUGGAGGUAUCAUUUAUACGGUAAUGAACUCCGGAUGGGUCCCUGCCAAAGAGUCCUACGGGUUUUCCUUCAUCCUGGCCUGGAUAGCCUUCCCUCUGGCGUUCAUAAGCGGCGUAGUCUACGUCAUCUUGAGAAAACGAGAGUGAGGUGGCACCACACUCUAGUGGGCGCCACCUGGAAAUACAGCUUUGAAGCCAAAGUAUCGCACUGCAUCCACAGAGAAGUGAAGUCGCGCAGUAUCUUCACCCAGGGGGUCAGUCAAAAUCAACCCCACUGCUACCCCCAAAAGACAUAUUCAAUAAUGUCAUCAUUUAAAGAUGUGUAUAUAGUAUCUUUGGUUUAAAACCUAUUUAUAACACUUUUUACAUAUAUGUACAUAGUAUUUUAUGUUCGCUCUGUUGACAAAGAACCUCUGAAGAGCUUUUCUUUUAGCUAAUUAAGUGCCUUGAGUGUGUGUUUGUCGCAGACACUUGCAUAGUUAGCCAUAAUGUAUGUUUGUGUCAAUUUUUCUUUCCUCAUAAGGCCAAAAAUACUGAUAAAAAGGUGUUGAUGUAUUUUAACUAAAGUGCAUGUAUUAAAGUAUAGGGACAGUGAAAGGAAGUGUUUUCGAUAAAGCUGCAUUGAGAAUUCAUAGAUGAAAGUAAGCUUUGAAUUGUUUAUUUUUUUUAGUUUCCAACUAAAAUGGUGCUGUGUAUUUACCAUUCCUUUUUAGUAAAAGCCAUUUAGAUUUUAUUUAGAAGGACAUAACAUGACUGAAAGCCGAAAUCAGAAUGCAAUCAUUUGCGUUCAUUUUAUAAUAAUACAACAAAAUGGGUUCUGAGUAAUGUGGUUAUGUAGGUUUAGAUUUGGGAGAUUGUGAUUGGAGGAACUGUAGUUAAAACAGAGACUAGGAACUAUUGAUUUUUUUUUUUUAUUUAUUUUUUUUUUUUUUAGCAGUAUUAGCAGUAGAUUUUGAGAAAGCAGUAAUUUUUUUCACUCAGUUUAAUAUAUUUUUGCUUAUAUGUUGCAUUUAAAUCCAAAUACUACUCAAAUGUGUAAUGCCUGAUGUAUUUGAUCACAUGUUAGUCGUUAUUAUAAUCAGGGCAUUACGUAAUAAAACAGCUGAAAUGAACCCCUGCAUAUUCAAAUCAAACAAGCAUGAAAAAUAUCACAUGAACAUGAAACAAUGGUAUAGCUUUUUUCAAGGAUCAAAAUGACAGCUUACAAUCCUCUACAUACACUAUAUAUAAAGAAAAGCCUAUUUAAAAGCAUCUAAAGUGGCAGUUUUGUGACGGUGGUGGUGGACACAUCAUAACACCUGCAUGCAUGGAAGUAUUUUUCAAUACUUGAAAUUUAACAUGCUGCAAUUUGGACAUGCUCCGCUUCUACUCGCAUAACUCACGGCAAUUCACAAUGUACUGUAAUAGCAUGUGAUUGUGUUAAAAGAGAAAUGUAUUACUUACAAUUGAAGGCCCUAUUCUGAGGACCAUGUAUUAGGUUUGUUCUCCAGCGACACCAAAAACAAUAAAUGUUUUAUGAUUAACUGAAUGUUGCUUGCUGAAUGUCAUGACUAAAACCCCUUAUUUUUUUUAUUUUUUAUUUUUUUUGAUUGAACAAACAACCUUUAUGCACAGCAGAAUAUUUAGUUUUUGCAGCCAUAAAAGAGUUUUAUACUUUUUUCCUUUUUGUGUGUAAAAAUAUAUAAUCAAUAUGUCGUCUGUUCUGACAUGGGACCAGCACUAUAAAAAUGUUGCAUGUGCUCAUUUCCCAACACUAUAACACAUGAAUACUUUAGGCUGCAAUUGUUACUUGUUAUUGUAAGACUAAAACCUGAAAUAACGAAUCGAAAUGUGUUGUAUUCAUUUGAUCUAAGCAGUUGUAAAUCUUGUACUAUAUGUAUUUAACUGAAUGUCGUAGUGCUCUUUCUGAAAACACCUUGUUAGUCAUGUCUGAAGGAGUUUGAGCUCUGAUGAAGACUGUUCACUCACAAGAACACAACUCUGUGCCUCUGACUUGCUCUUAUGAAAGCUUGUGUUUGUGUGUUUAUUAAAAGCUAUUACAAAGAAAUA